AUGCGUUGCCUGACGACAAGGUACUGGCAGCAUACUUCUAUUCAGUACAGUCGACACUCGAACACAUUUACGAAGCAUGGGAUGCUAUCUGACGCGGACGCAUCUGACGUAGAUCGCAUUGAGACGUCCAACAUUGUCGACUUUUGUUGCAUCAGUCGAGGUUGUUGUGGCAUCCGCGACGUCACCUGUCUUGCAGCCACACCACCACACGGAAACCACACAAUCCGAUCGAUACAACACUUCCAAUGCUCUGUUCAGCCUGGCAGCAUUCAAGAGAACCGACCAGUUGCUAUCCAGCUUGUCGACGACAUCGACACAUAA